CUUUUUUGUUAAGCUUGAAAAAAAAGAUUUUCCUAUUUCCACUUUUAAUUUCUGUCCUUAUUUCAUAUUUCAAGUCAUUUAUUUAUAUUCUUCCUUUUUUGUGAAACAAUUUUAUAUAUCAAUUAUUAAUAAACAUGGUUUAAUGUGUUUUUUUUCAGCCUUCAAUAAGUUUCAUGUGCUUAAAAAUAUCACUUUUUUGAAAAAACUAUUUCACUAAGUUUGUUACAAUGCGCUCAAGGUUGCUUCGAAAAUUGAUGUGUUGCUUUUCAACCAAAAAUUCUUUUCUUUACUGCCAAUUAAUUUUUCUCACUUCUAUGGUUUGGUUUAUUUUCGAUGCCUUCCUGAUAUUUUACUUUGUUCAAAACCAAAACACGCAAUUGUCCAAAGACGGAUUACCCAAUUUAAAUAUUCCGGACGUAAUCAAAUCAGCACUGCCAAAUCAAAUCAAAGGACUGGAUGCUGCAAAGAAUGAAUCAAUUGGUGCCAAGCUGUCUGCUGAGCCAAUCAGAAUGGAGCAAGAUUAUCCACCAAUCAAAGCGAACCAAGAAGAUGGUCAUCUCUCGAAGAAAAAAACUUUCGUUGACAUGCUCGGUGAUCCAUACGAGCGAGAUUUGAACCCGCCUGACCUCCCGGGCGAGAGGGGAAAAGGGGUGAAAGUGGACCCAAGUGAGAAAGAAGAGGAGAAAAAACUGUUCAGUGUGAACCAAUUCAACCUUCUGGUUUGCAACAAAAUUAGUGUCAACAGAUCUCUACCCGACUUCAGACCCAAAAAGUGUAAACAGCACGAGUACCCAGUGGAUUUGCCGGACACGAGUGUGAUCAUAGUGUUCCACAACGAGGCAGAGUGCACACUACUCCGCACAAUCUACAGUGUCAUCAACAGGACUCCCAGACACUUGCUGAAGGAGAUCAUCCUAGUCGACGACUUCAGCGAGGGCAGAGAAUACUUACACAGUCCCCUGGACGAGAAACUGGCGAAGCUACCUGUUCACGUGUUUGUGAUUCGGCUUCCUAAGAGACAAGGUCUAAUCAGGGCCAGACUGGCGGGUGCAGAUGUGGCCAAGGGAAAGGUACUCACUUUUCUGGACAGUCACUGCGAGGCAUCCAGGGGUUGGCUUGAACCACUACUGGCUGAAAUUGCUCUAGACAGGACGACAGUGAUGACUCCGGUGAUAGGCAACAUAAACCUAAACACCUUCAACUAUGCUAGCAUGGGCACUGGCCUGUUGCAGGUGGGGGGUUUCGAGUGGAGUCUCACCUUCAACUGGUUCCCCAUGCCAGAGAGGGAGAAGCGGAGAAUAGCUGGCGACAACAGUUUAUCCAUUGAAUCGCCCACAAUGGCAGGUGGCCUGUUCUCCAUAGACAAGUCAUACUUUGAGGAGCUGGGAAGAUACGAUGAUGGCAUGGAUGUGUGGGGAGCAGAGAAUGUCGAAAUAUCAUUCAGGAUUUGGCAAUGCGGAGGUCGCAUCAAGAUCUCUCCUUGUUCACAUGUUGGUCACGUGUUCCGAAAUGCCUCGCCCUACUCGUGGCCAGGGGGCGUGGCCAGCAUCCUGAACAGGAACAACAGACGCCUGGCCGAAGUGUGGAUGGAUGAAUAUAGGUUCUUCUGGAUGUAUGUGGUCCCAGAAACAAAACACAUUGACUUUGGAGACGUCUCGGAUAGACAAGCCCUGCGAGCCAAACUGCAGUGCAAGAGCUUCCAAUGGUAUUUGGACAAUGUCUGGCCUGAGUCUGGAUUCACUCUCCGUGUAUACAACCUGGGUUAUAUCAAAAACCCAGCAACGAGUCUAUGUGUGGACACAAUGGGACAUAAGGCUGAGAAACCAGCAGGAGUUUCUGGCUGUCACUACAAGGGUGGACACCAAGUGUUUGCAUUCACCCGACGUCACGAGAUCCGAAAGGACAACUUGUGUCUAGACGGUGACAGCACUAACAAGAAACACAAUGUGCUUCUCUGGCCAUGUCAUCUGCAGGGGGGCAACCAGUAUUGGAUAUACGACGAAAAGGAAACGAAACAGAUUGUUCACAAGACAUCUGCAAUGUGUUUGACUGUCGGACAGGACAGAAGAUCCCUCAACUUGGAGCACUGCGAUCCUUUGAAUGCGAAGCAGAUCUGGACGAUGAGUAAUGUCGAGGAGUUGUCCGGAUUCAUCAAAGAGUUAUACGGCAAAGAUCAAAGACAAUGAAUAAAAAUUGUAUAUCACUUUUUAAAAUGUCCAUUAACCUCAUAUUAAGUGUUCAUAUAUCAAAUAUGGUUUCUGAUUUAAUUUAUCAAAUUUAUGGUAAAAAAUGGUCAAAAAAAUUUUGCCAUGUGAAUGGUUGUACGAUAUGAAAUGCAUUAUUACGUGAAAACAAAAAAAAUUGUAGCCAGGACAUAAAUGUUUCCUGUCUGGUUGUAA